AUGACUGAUUUUAAUGAACCCUCGAGAGAUCGAGAAAAAUUAAAGAACAAAGCGAUUGCAACAUCCUCGAACGAAGAACACGAACACGAAGAACAUGAUGAGGAUGACACCGCUCGUGUAGGUGGUGGUGGUGAUUCUGAUAAUCAAACUCUCCAGGAAAUGGCCCCAAUUAGGAAACUAACCGCUAAUGCGCGGAGAGAGAGGAUCCAAAAAGGAACUCAAGAAGAAAUACAAUCAAGUGAACUCACUCAAGAUGAAGGACAAACAAGUGGUACACAAGGAGAAGGAGGAGUAACAAAGAAGGUAAUAGCGAAUAAAACAUCACACCUUGUACCCAUAUCUUUGAAGAAGACGGAUUUUGAAGAAUAUAUCCCUGGGCUUCCUAGAGAUGGUGGAGCAUUGUUAUUUGGCUAUAAAGACUCCUGGGCCAGAGAAAUAUGGGAAACCAAGUAUCAUUCCGAUGCGAUUCGUCUUCUCAAGCCCACUGUCGCACCAGAAAAAGCAUUGAAACAUUGGCCUUUAGAUGGUGAAUGUGAGAGGUUCAAGAGAAGGAUAGCCAACUCUGGAUUAGCUAGUCCUGCCGAGAACUCAAUGUUGGACCAUGAUCGGGUCGCGAUAUCAGAUUUUGUGGAGAGAAUGUAUCCCGAGACUGACACCUUUCAUAUGCCAUUUGGGGAGAUGACCAUUACUCUAGAUGUUACCAAGAAGAUUCUUAAUCUCAAUGAGGGAGGUGUGGCGGUCAAGUAUGAGUACACAAAGCAGUUAAGUUGGGCACAACUUUAUGAUUUGUGUAACAAGUGUCUUGGUUGGGAUAAAGAGACCGCAGACAUUGAGUUCAACAGGUGCUUCUCUUACAAAACUAGACAGUUUAACAUGAGUCAGUUGAUCAAGAUGUUCAAAGGCGCUGCCGAGAAAGAAAAGCAAGGACCGUGA